GUCCGAUCUUCCCUCCUUGGAACUGUUGGUCAUGAUAUACACACAAAUGAUAUGACUAAAUUAGGAAUAUCUAGAUAUGUAAAAUUAGGAACACUUUCAGUAGAUGGAAGAAUCGUAACAUCUUUCUCAAGAAAGUGCAGCAUUUGCUCCUCUGCUUAUCCUCGACUGAUCGAUAUGAAUUUCACAGUCUGGAUUCAAGUCGGGAAACUCGAGCUUCAACACUGCCAGAAAUUGGCGAUGAUGAUCCUUCCAUGA